AUGGCAAGCAUCAGAUGUCCGCUGUGCAGUGAAGAUCGGUCCUGCAACGAGGAUUGUUUCAUUCCACGCAAAAGCCUGUGUGAGGGACUCUUUCACGCAUUGCGACUUUCAUGGGUUGAGAUCGUGGAGACAAGCGAGCUUGUUGCUGCAUGGACCGCGUACAUGCAAAAGCCGACAAGAGUCGGGCACCACACAUGGUACCACAAACCUGGCCAAGUGGACCUGGGGGUCGGCCGAGACAUUUGCCAUUGGGGUAUCGUCCUGCUUGUCGGCGCGCAGAAAGUGCACGAGCACUUCUCCAACACCGACACAGUGCACCAGGGUGUCGAAGGUUUCCUCUACUGGCUCUCCGUUCAUAAGAAUCCUGAUGCUGUCAAGGUGUUGCACAUGGUGCAGCAUUUCUUAAAAGACUUGCAUGAGCUUUCCAUGGAGCUUCCGGUCACAGCGGGACAUCACGUCACCUGGGAGGACUUGUCAUCGUCCUCCACUCGGGUCUUGCAUUGCACGGAGUUCUCAGAGAAGGAGGGCGGCUGGUUCGAGACAUCUUGUGCCUCUCAGCCAUUGGUGAUCGAGGCGGAAGAUGUGCUGGGGGAGCUCGCAAUUUCGAGGCAGGCGAUCAGUGCAAGCAGGCUACGCAUCCUUUUGACACCGGCAUCCUUGGCAGCCUGGCAGUACAUUGUACAUGAGGACUUCGGCUUUCCGCAUUCCCAAGGUAGCGGAGGCCAAGGUCAAGGCAUCCUGAAGUACCCUGUGAUAAAGAAAACCACGGGUGACGAUUCGCAGAGCUUUCGUGGUCCUUCAUGGAGUGGAAUCGUACAAGUGGGUGAAGACGACACUUCGCCUAGCUCCGAUUGGCACUGGGAAGUCGAGGAAAACCUUUGCAUGCAGAGGACCUUCCGCGGCACCUGGCGCAGCCGCGCUAUCUCCAUGUCGUCCACAGCAGGUUCGGGUGCCUUUUUUGCCGACCGCGCCGAGGCGGCGUCUCCUCAGCCCGCUCUGCGCUGCCAGCGCCUGCAUGGUCUGGCUCAGCUGUUCCGACUGUCGCACCUCCCUGAGUCACCAAAUGCGGCGUUGUUCCAGGAGCGGCCACAGCUCCGGAUCGAGGUCAGCGACGAGCGGAUGGAGCUUUUCGUGUCUCUUUCGCUGUUCCCGGUGACCCGGUGCCAGAUGCCGUGCUAUGCUGUCGACGAAUCGGCCCCUGGAACACUGGGCCUGUGGAUUUGCGAGCUGCCAGCUGCGGCAAGCGAGGCCAGAAAGAGGAGUCACCAGCUCGAUCUGCGACCACCGGUGCAUGUGUCCGCAUCUUCGCCGGGCUGCAAGGAACACCUCGUCUCAGUGGCGCUGCCACGAGGUCUUUACACCCUCAUCCCCUUCAGCUCGCAUGUCGUUCUUGAUCGGCAAGGAGUUCAGCGAGCAAAGUUCGGCUGUCGCAGCCAAUCAUGCGGAUGCGUGGACUCGAACCUCAUGCAGGAGUCCGUGUGGGAGCUAGGCAGCCGUUUCGCGUGCAUAUCUGCCUGGGCCGAAGCUACUGACCUAGCCAUUUACGAGGCAGAUCCGUGGUAUCAACGGCUUCGCAUUGAAUGGGACUUGCUUAUGCAGUCGCUGCCCAUUUGGCUUUGUGCCGGGACGGAGGGGCCUAUGGAGGUGCUGAUCUGCGUGACGGGACCCGAGGAGGACCAGGCCUCACUGCUUGGUGCGGAGCCUUGCGUGGACCUUUGGCCACCGAUUGAGCACCGCAGGGUGCGGAACGAGCGGACAGGUGCUGUUCGCCUGCACAUACCGUCGCUUCCAGCUGGGCAAACAUUGCGGGUGAGCUGUUUGUGGCAGGAGCCUAUCGACCCUGGACGACAUACGGGACGAUCAGCACCACAACUUCUGGUCUACUCAUCUGGUCCUUUGACUGCGUCGGUUCCAAUGCAGCCAAGCCCAGCAAGCUCACGGCUUGGUUUGUGUGACCCGCCACGAGAGAUCCAGGGCUUCUGGCAAGCCUCGGCGCUUUUUGCUGGCCUCUGGACACAAGGAUUUUCGAGUGGCUUUGGCAGCUUGCGCAAUCCACAGGUCGUCUUAGAGGUUCCCAGGAGCCCUGGGCGUGGCGAGGAGCUGCAAUUGGAGCUGUUUCUCUGUAUUCCCGCAGUGGCCGUUCCGAAGAAGUCCAAGGACGUGCAGCGGCCCAAAGUGGCCAUCACCGUUUUUGUUCGUCAGGAGGAAUCCAGCCGCAAGGACAAAGGGGCUCCAGAGCGCCUCGCGGAGGGAGUGCUUCGCAAGGAGUUGAAGAGUGAGAAGGCAACGGUCGGCUCCUAUGCCGUCGCCUCCCUUACACUGUGCGGCGCAGAGUCGCGACAGCAACUCUUCGUCGUCUUGCAGAACAAUGACCCUCAGGAGUCUUGGCCGUGGCAGUUGCGAGUUCUCGCGAGGAUUCGAGCAAAGGACGGUGAGAUGCCAAUGGGCGAGGCAACGAUUCCACCUGCCCCGGAGAUGCCCGAUGCACCACCGCUGCGAGGAGCCGUGCUUGGUGGCAUUGCAGAGCCUGGACGUAUCUAUACAUGCUGGCCAGAGGCCCUAGCACUUUACAUGCCGAAGCGUGUAAAAGCUGCGGUGGCAGUGCCCACUGAUACCGACGACGAGCCUCAAGGACUCCCCACGCCCGAGACCUCCCACUCUUGGAUGCUCGGGCAGCAAGACUGGCCCGCGCAAGCCCCAAAGGUGGUCACGAGCUGUGGCACCAUCGCAUCUGAGCGAAGAUUCAACGAACCUGGCCCGUGGCCGGAGCGUGAUCCUGCAGUUGUCCCUGAGGUGGACGAGGAAGCAUUCCCCGAUAUCACUGCCACAUUAGCUCCACCAGCUCGAGUGGCCAUUGUAAAGGAUGAAGGCCCUGCUCGCUCGCAGGCCUUGUCUGAAGUGCGCGAGGUAAAACCGGAUGCAGAAGCGAGGAGGAGACCACCAGUGCCUCUGCCACCGAAGCGAUUGCACGUGCGCAGCCAGAAGGACAAGGACAGGCAGAAGGAGGAAACUGAGACGACUGCCCCGGAGCAUGAGGAUUUGCCGCAGGAACCUCCUACACCUCGAAGGCCGGGCCCGCCGGGGCCCAUGCCCGAAGUCGCCAUGCCUGCCUCGCAGUGCGAACGUCAUGCGCGGAUUGAGGCUCUGAUGCGUCGACGCCGAUACGGUCGAGAGCGCAUCAUGGAAGACCCACAUUUCUACCGCGAAGGACCCAGGCAGCAGACGAACAGCCUUCCACCACCACGUGUCAGACGGCCGCGCAUGGCGCACUCAGAUGAUCCUGUCGAGAAGCCGGAGCCUCAAGUGCCGCCACUCAGCGCCCGCGGAGAACGAAGCCCUUCACUGCCACCGCUGCCACCCAUCUCGGCGAGGGAAGGACGCUCAGGGCCAGGGAAGGUUCCUGCCGCCGUCGCUUCGAAACACCUCGUUCGAUUGGAGCGCCAGCACGGCCGUGACCGCCUGGGCUUCGGAAAUGUUGCCGCGGGAACGCCGCAAUCUCCAGUGCUGGUGAUAAGCUGGAUUCGUGACGGGGCGCUGGCAGACUUUAACAACGCAGCUCCAGAAGGCUUGGCCGUCCCGGUUAACUCCGCCAUCGUGUCCGUCAACGGGAUCUCGGGCGAUGUGCAACGAAUGAGGGAGGCACUGCGAUCGCAGGUCGUGGAGAUGGAAGUCAUGGCUCCAGAACGGUGGCGGUACUCGAAGGCCGGCUUUCAACGAGUCGAGGCCAGCAUUGCUUUCGAGAGCUGGCCCAGGGAUCCAUGGACUUGCAAUUGCAUUCUGCACGCUGUGAUUGAACAAGAUCAGAGGGUCCCGGCAUUCGAGGUUCAUGGUGCUGUGGUUUCCGACCACGCGGCUUGCGUAGAUGUGGAAGUGGUGGAAGUACGUAACUUCGAUCCAUGCAAAUACCCGCAGGAGCUCGACAAGAACCCUGAGUUUGUAGCAAUUGGUUUGGGAGACUUGCUGAUUGUUCUCAGGGCUCAGAACAUGGAGCUUGUCAUCGGCUGGAACGGCGUUCAGCAGAAGAAGGACGAAUCGCAGGUGCCCAACUUCCCGCAAAUGUCCGGCCUCAUCAGCGCAGCAGAGAUGAUGUUGAAGGCCCAGAACGAAGCCAAAUGGGCCGCAGAGAAGGCGUCGAAACCCAAGGCGGCAGGUGGUGGUGCAGCUGCGGAGGCAGCGAAGGCACCGACUUGUGAGUGGGUAGAGGAAAAGACGGACGAAGGCAAGAUCGCGUAUCGCAAUGGACGAACCGGGGAAGUGGUCGAGGAACUUCCUGACGGCGUCACGGCUGCUGAUGUCCAAAAGGCGGAGGCGGUCCGGGAUGGCUCUUCGAAGGCGCCCUCUCCGACGAUGCCGCUCGGCGCACGUCCGCCCUGGCAGCAGGCGAAGGCAGCAGCGAAGGCGCCCCCGAGGCCCAAGGAGGGGCAAAUCUGGCGCGAGCCGGGACUUUCCUGGAAGGCCAAAGCUCCGCCACCGAUGCCCAAAGUGCCAGCUUUUUUGGCGAAGGAGGGGGAAGAGGCGCCAGCGCAUACCGCUUCCCUGGGCCCUGCAGCAGCCAAGAUCCCUGCUGGACCAGAGCCUGCCGCGGCCGAGCCCCAGCAGGUGGAGCCUACUGUGGCACCCGCCGCUGUCGCCACGUCUUACUGGACCGAGGUCCGCACGGACGAAGGCGAUGUGUACUACCACAACGAGGAUACAGAUGAGACUGCCUGGGAGCUGCCUCCCGGUGGUGUUGUUCGGAAGCCUGGGGAGGAGGCUCCAGAGCCGGCACAGACCGUGCCUUCACAGACACCUUCGCAGCCGGCCGAACCAGAGCCACAGGUGCAACAGACCGGGCCCCUUCCCGGCGAUGAUGUGCGGAAGCCGGCUGACCAGGCCGUGCAGGUCAGCUACUGGUACCCAGUCUCGACCGAGGACGGUCAAACUUACUACUGCAACUGGGAGACAGGCGAAACGGCUUGGGAUGUGCCUUGUGCUGGCAAGGCAUCUGGGAUGGAACUUCGAUACAGCAAUCCGCCAAAGUCGCUGAUGUUCGCAGAGCAGCGAUACCUUCUCUGGGGUAUCGCGCGCGUUCCGGUGACAGUCGGCGGGCAAGAGUUGAAAGACACGGAUCCGGUCGCAGAUUUUUCGACCAGCCCAUGGUGCAUCGUUUUCACGAGCUGCCGCUCCAAGUUGCUUGAAGCUGCGACGGCAGCGAUGGAGUCCGAGGAGUACAAGGAGGCUGCAAGCCACUUGCAUGACCUGGUGCAGCAGCAUGCAGAUCUCACCGCCUACGAGCUCAAGCUGCUAAGCUCCGCCUUCAAGGCCCGAUCGAGGGUCCUGCGAGAAGCCUGGCGCCAGGCUCGCGAGGAAGGCAUUGCUAGCACGGAGGCGGCCGAGGUGGAAGCCUUCUGCCUCGAGGCUCUUCGGAUGCUGGAGGAGAGGCUCCUGCCGCAUGCGCCUGCGCGCAGUCACGAGCGGCUUGUGUAUGGCCGUCUUGCAGGAGACUACUAUCGCUACUUGAUGGAGCUUGGGGGUGAUGAAGCGGAGGAGCGACGGCGGCGUGGUCACCAAGCUUACGAAGCUGCCAUAGCUGUGCAAGAGGACCUUGUCAAUCCGACGCACCCCUCGCGUCUCUUUCUUGCUUUGAACUAUGCGGUGUUUCUACACGGCUUGGGAGAUGAAGAUCGCGCGAUUGCUAUUGGGAGGACGGCUUUCGAAGAUGCCAUAGGUUUCAACAUGGGUCGCGGCGAGGAAUGGGAGACUGAGGGCAUGGAUCGAGGAGACAUCGCCUUAGCCCUUCAGAUGUUGCUUGACGCAGCCGAGUAUUUGCAACUCAUUUGUUCUGUGGACCGUUACGUUGCCUUCAAUCCCACCUUCUUGGACUCGAAGGGAGGUCGAUGGGAGCUACAAGAGCGGAUCAAGGGAAAAGGAUACGCGAUAACCUCGAGCUAUGGUCUCAAGAACGCGAAGAAGCCGGCAAAUCCAAGUCAAGUGGCGACGGAAUUUGAGUGGCAAGUCGACUCCAUGGCGGAGGUGCUCACUUGCAUGACCAUCGUCUCUACAAUCUCGCUCCCGACUUCCAACACAAGUGAGUCGAGUCGGUCGAGCCGCGCAGCUUUGCAUGACGGCAGCCUGGACAUGUUGGCUCCCGAUGCCAGGCUGCACGAGCCGGAGCAGCAGACGCAGCAGCAGAUACCACAGGUAGGCCAAGCAGGCGGCGCAUGGAUGGCUUGCCAGACUGCAGAAGGGCAUCUCUACUACUACAACCAGACCACCGGCGAGUCUUCCUGGGAGCCUCCACCCGAGAUGGCGGCUCAGGCGUCGGUUCCGGGCGGUGGUGCUUGGGACGGUCUUUAUGCUGCACACGCUGCAGAGGAGGCAGCACGUGUACAGCGGCAGCAGUACGAGGAUGCCUUGCGGCAGAUGCAGGCUGCAGAAGAGGCAGCCAGAGCGCAGCGGCAACAGUGGGAUCAGCUCUACGCGCAACACUUUGCCUGGUACCAACAGCAGCAGCAACAGCAGCAGCAGUCCCAGCAGGCUGCAGCUGGUCAACCACCAGCGGAGAGUGCUGCAUCUGGUAUGGUUCCGCCAAGCCUGAAUGCAAGCAUGGAGGAGCAAAUUGCAUUUGCGAUGAAAUGCAGCGUCGUUCAGGAAAUGGAGGAGAUGAUCAAGAACGGUGUUUCGGUCGCAGACCGGAAGAAGGCCCUCAAGAAUUGGCAAAUAAAGUGGCACCCGGACAAGAAUCCGGAACAGGAAGAGGUCGCCAAGACUCUGUUCCAGUUCCUUGCAGACAAGAGAAGCUGGUUCCUGAAAGAUCCCGAUGCCGACGUCGGUGGCUGGGAGGAUCUGCCCGUGGAAAGUGUCGACUAG